GUCUCUUGCGUGCUCUCACGACCUUACCGCACCACGUCACACGUUUCACCGACGGCGAUAUUCAACGCUGUUUUCCAUUGUAACGCACACGUCACAUCGCGACGUAAGAGCUCGUAAUCUCAUAAUUCGGCGAACGAUCCCGGGUUCUUUCAUUGGGAUAAUCUAACUCUCAAACAGGCAAAAUGAGCUACGGUUACCAAGGGCCGCCUGUUGAGUUUCCUGGACGAGCACGACCGCCAACGUCAUUUGGGGCUCCACCUGGCACACCCUCUGCCCCUGGUGUCCCUGGACCUUACCCUCCAGUAGGCUUCUCAAAUGCACCACCAACAUCUUUUGGCAUGCCUCAACCAUACUCUCCUUACCCCAUGCAGCCCAUGCAUUUUGUUCCUGGCAAUGCACCCACACAAACUAAUAUUUAUCCUCCACAGCAAAUGCCGUAUCCUCAACCUCCACCCACAUGUUAUCCCUCUGACAUGUCCUUUAAUCAAUCUGCACCCUCCCCUUAUCCCCAACAACAAAAUUAUAAUCCAUAUUCUAAUCUUCAAUCCACAUCAGAUGCUAAAGAUUAUCGGUAUCCUAAUCUUCAAACCGCACCAGAUGCUAAAGAAUAUUUUAGCAAUUCAGCUUCUUCCCCCUAUCCCUCUGUAAAUACAAACACAACUAGUUCAAUGCCAUACCAAAGCAGCUAUCUCGGGGGGCAGGGGGUAAGCUCGAAAUAUUCUUAUGCUGCUAAUCCAUCUGCUGCUGCUAUGCGUGAUACUACCCCAGCCCCCCGGAGAAAUCAAGUUUUGCUUAAGACUUCUCCCACUGUUGUGCCUUAUGACGGCUUUGAUGCUAGAGCGGAUGCGGAAACUUUAAGGAAAGCUAUGAAAGGAUUUGGCACUGAUGAGAAAGCUAUUAUCAAUGUUAUUGCGCAUCGCAGUAAUUUACAACGCCAAGAGAUUGCAUCUCAAUUUAAAACUCUUUAUGGAAAGGAUCUGAUAAAGGACUUAAAGUCGGAGCUAUCAGGGAAUUUAGAGAAACUUAUCCUUGCCUUGAUGACGCCACUUCCUCAAUUUUACGCUAAAGAACUUCAUGAUGCAAUGUCUGGACUUGGUACUGACGAAGCGGUACUCAUUGAAGUACUGUGUACAAUGUCCAAUCACGAAAUUUCAAUCAUUAAACAAGCAUAUGAAGCAAUGUAUGGAAGAACAUUAGAAGAUGAUUUAAUCUCUGAUACAUCUGGCAAUUUCAAACGCUUGAUGGUAUCGUUAUGUUGUGCAAAUAGAGAUGAAUCGUUUAACGUGGACAAAACUGCUGCAAGGGAGGAUGCUAAACAACUUUUGCAAGCUGGAGAGCUUCGAUUUGGUACGGAUGAAUCUACUUUUAACGCGAUUCUCGUCCAAAGAAACAUGGCACAGCUGCGACAAAUAUUCGAAGAGUAUAACAACAUAACGGGUCACGAUAUUGAGAAUGCGAUUGAAAACGAGUUUUCGGGCGAUAUUAAGAAAGGUCUCCUUGCAAUCGUGAAGUGUGUCAAGAAUAGAGCCGGUUUCUUCGCCGAACAGUUGUAUAAAAGCAUGAAAGGUCUCGGUACGGAUGACAGCCGCCUUAUUCGACUGGUUGUGACACGUUGCGAAGUGGAUAUGGGUGAAAUAAAGAACGAUUUUGCCCAACGAUAUAAAGAAUCGUUGGAAGAUUUCAUAUCCGGUGACUGUUCGGGACAUUACAAAAAAUGUUUAUUGGCAGUGGUACAGACGUAAAAUAAUUUUCAAACGGUCAUAUAUGGAUUUUAUUUCGUUGCAUUUAUCGUUCACCUUUUUCCAAAUAUGUAUGUAUGUAAAUGUCCAGCUGUCUUUUCUUUCAAUUUUUUAACAGUUAUGCCAAUAAUGCAGUUUAUGUGCUUUAAAGUAUCUAAAGAAUGUAAAUGAAUUCUAUUUUUAUAUACAGAGUUAUACGAAAAUAUUUUGAGAAAAAGAUAUAUAUAUAUAUAUAUAUAUAUAUAUAUAUAUAUAUACACACAUACACACACACACACACACACACGCACACGCACGCACACACACACACACACACACAAUAAAAGUAUUUAAUUCAGUGGUUUAAUAAAGCUACUGACAUUUGUACACAGAAUCACUGACAUACAUGUAUAUUGAUAAAUACUAUGAAUUUUAAACUGUCACACAAUAUUUUUCAUAAAAAUAGCGAUUUUGUAAAAGUAAAUAGCUGCAUAAACACAUUAAUUACCUUAAUCUGAAAAAUAUCGUCAAUUAAUCAGCAUUGAAUUUUUAUUUUUUAUUCGUUAAGAUAUUGUAAUUAGUGAUUCUGUGCAAUCAAAUUAUUAAGCGAUUUUAUGAAAGUACUCUCACUAUACAAGUGCACUUGUAUGAGUUGACUAUGGCUUACAUUGAUUGAAUGUUCCUAAAUAUUUUUAAACGCUUCCAUAAAAUGCCAAGAGCAACAGAUGUGCUUUUAAUAGAAUUGUGCCAAUGCAUACAUACAUGGUGCUUUUUAAUGAGAAUCUCAACUUGUACAAAGAAUCUCAUAAGAAUCUACUGGCCUUCUUGUCGUUUAUAAUGAAAAUAUACAUGUACCUUAUAUAUCUAAAGACAUUUUAUAUAUAAAUGAUAUACAUAAAGAUUUUUUUUUUUCACAUGGCAUAAUAUAAUUUACAUAAAAAGUUAAGAAAUAGUUUUAUAUACAAUAUUAUUACAUACGUAUAUAUAUUGCUUCUCAUUGUUUCGAUAUUAUUAUAUUUACUGUACUUAUAUAAAUAAAAAUUUUAACUGAUAUGAAUAAAAUCAGAUCUCAAAGGCA